AUGGCACGAAAACGCUUUUUUAAUCUGGAGAAACGGUUCCAAACUGAACCUUCGUUAAAAGAAACCUAUUCGUCGGUCAUUCAUGAUUAUAUUCAACAAAAUCACAUGACAUUGGUUCCAUUAAAUGAUGUGACUUCUCCAAAUUAUUUUAUUCCACAUCAUUGUGUGCGCAAAGUUGACAGUCUUACUACUCCACUCAGAGUAGUGUUUGAUUCAAGUGCGAAGUCCAGUACAUCAGUUUCUUUGAAUGAGUUAUUGCAUACGGGUCCCAAGCUUCAAUCAGAUCUGCAACAAAUAUUAUUGAAUUUUCGAUUAUACUCGAUUGCAAUGACUGCAGACAUUAAACAAAUGUAUCGCCAAAUAAAUAUUUGCAAAGAGCAUCGUAAGUUCCAGUUAAUAUUGUGGCGUGACUCUCCUGAACUCCCUUUAUCGGUUUAUUCGCUGAAUACCGUUUCUUUUGGAGUAAAGCCAAGUCCAUAUUUAGCUAUUAGAACAGUUCAACAAUUAGCCAAGGACGAGGCUGCAAAUUAUCCUUUAGCUUCUGCGGUUGCAACUCGUGAUUUUUAUGUUGAUGAUUUGGUCUGCAGCGUUGCAAAUAUUAAGAGUGCAGUCACUCUUCAUAAACAAAUGGUGGAGUUAUUCUUGGCUGGGGGUUUUCCACUAGUUAAAUGGUGCUCCAACUCUCCCAAGUUACUUCAUCAUAUUCCAGAGAACCUUCGUUCGUCUCAGUCUAUAACUUUUGAUACGGAAUCCUUAAAAAUUUUGGGAUUAAAUUGGAAUCCUAGAGCAGAUAUGUUCUCGUUUAAUACGGAUAUUUCGACAACAAAAUGCUCGAAGCGAAAUAUUCUGUCUGCAGUUGCGAGAAUGUUUGAUCCUUUGGGUUUUGUAUCACCCGUCGUUCUAUUUGCAAAAAAUUUAAUAAAGGAACUGUGGAAACGCAAACUUAAUUGGGAUGAUGAAGCUGCAUUACCUAUCCAAAAUAGUUGGAAGAAAUUUAUUGAUGAACUGCAUUUAUUGGAAGAAUUUAAUGUUCCUCGCCAUCUGCAAAUUAAUUUGAAAAGCCAAAUCGUAUUAACUGGUUUCGCAGAUGCAAGUGAAACGGCCUAUGGCGCUUGUAUUUAUUUUCGCACUAUAAAUGAUGAAAAGGUUAAUAUCAGCUUAGUUUGCUCAAAGUCCAAGGUUUCCCCUCUGAAAACAGUGUCAAUACCACGAUUGGAACUUUGUGCCGCGCUUUUACUUGCAAAAUUAAUUUCUUUUGUAGUAAAAACUUAUAACGAUCGUCACAGUAUUUAA